GCUCCCCGGCUCGGGGGCUGCCCUGCCCGGGCGGAGGGGCAGGGCCGCCGCGAAGCUGCAGUUGCCUCGCUCUGCCUGCGCGAUUUUUCUCAUCCAAACCUCGAUCACGUACGAUUGCGUAGAGAAGGGCGAGCUGGAGCAGCUGCAAUUCCCCCCGAGCCCGGAGCCCAGCUCCCGGCCGGCACCGACCCGACCAGCCCAGCCCGUCCCGGCGGUUGCGGGGCUCCCCGCCGCCUUGGCAGCAGCCCCGCGUGGCGUGAGAGUCCAGGGGGGCUUCCCCAGCCCCUCCCUCCCCUCUCCUCCCCCCGCCUCGCCUCGCUCCCCCCUUCCCGGGCCGGGCCGGAGGAUGCAGACGGGUAGCGGGCGCGGCUCGGCUCCUCCCGGCGCCGCCGCCGUCGGGUGGCACCGCGGAGCACCCUGAGCUCCGCACGGAGCAGCAGCAGCGGCACCCCCCCCACUCUCUCCGCUCUCCUCCUCCUCCCCACCUUUCAUCGCUCCUCCCGCCGCUGUCCCCGCCGCGGCAGCUGAGCCCGGAGCCGCCCCGGUGCCGAGAGCUCCGCGGCCUCCCGCCGGGCCGGACGAUGUGGGUUGCUGCUGUAGGGGAGAGCCGCUGCCGGGGCAGAGGCGGCGAGCAGGGCUGGGAGAGCUUCGCCAACCAUGGCGCUGUGAGCCCGGGGAGCCGAGCUGCGGCGAUGUGAGCCCGCACCCGCGGCCGGGGGACUCUUUCUUUUUUUUUUUUUUUAAUUUUUAUAUUUUUUUUAAGUAAUUUAAUUGCAUACCUUCUUUUUCUGUUUGUUUGCUGGCCUGGUGCUUUUUCCCGUGGCUGCUUUUCUGCUUUUUCCUUCCCCUCCCGCCCUCUAUGCGAGCGGAGUGGGGAGGGGGGGAAUAGAGGAAGAGGAGGAGUGCAAACAGAAAUGCAGCGCGGCUCGCCCUGAGCCCGGCCGCGGGUGCGGAGCAGAGCCGCGUCCAUGUGCGCGCACUGCCGCGCCGCGCUUCGGAGCCACCGCGCUGGGGCCGGGGCCGGCCACGGGCCGGGGGGACUCUGACUCACCCCACGGCCCCUCGCCGGAGGGAGGCCGGCAGGAGGAAGCGACGCCGCCUGCGCCCGGGCGGAGCGGAGCGGCACGGCACGGCACCGCGCCGCAGGGACCCGCGGAUCCUCCGCGAAUCCCCUUCCCCACACUCUAUCCUUUGGACACAGCUGUCGCCGGCGGACCAUUACAAGUGGGACAGCCGCCUCCCGGAUUUACAAGCCGCGGGGCGCUGCCAGCUCGGCCAGGGGUCUCGCCGACGGCCGCCCGCGCCGGGAUUUGCGCUCCCCGGGGACAGACCCAUGGGCGGCGGGGUCCAACGCCCAACCAUGGUUGUUAGCCCGGGCGCCCUGCUCCGCCUGGCCGGCUGAGCCCUCCCCGGCGCCGGGACUCGGGGCCGCAGCGCGUUAAGCGGGGCGUCUCCGUCCCCCGUCCCCGCGGGGCGCGGCGGCGGCUCGGCCCCAGCGCCCGGGUGGCGGCCCCCGGAGCGGCGCGGCGCAGGGGGGCCCAUGAGCGGCGAUGGCAGCGGCUAUCGCCAGCUCGUUGAUCCGGCAGAAGCGGCAGGCGAGGGAGUCCAACAGCGACCGGGUGUCCGCCUCCAAGCGCCGCUCCAGCCCCAGCAAGGACGGACGCUCCCUCUGUGAGAGGCACGUCCUAGGGGUCUUCAGCAAAGUACGCUUCUGCAGUGGCAGGAAAAGGCCGGUGAGGAGAAGACCGGAACCCCAGCUGAAAGGAAUUGUGACAAGGUUAUUCAGCCAGCAGGAAUACUUCCUGCAGAUGCACCCAGAUGGUACAAUUGAUGGGACCAAGGACGAAAACAGUGACUACACCCUUUUCAAUCUAAUUCCUGUGGGUCUUCGCGUGGUGGCAAUUCAAGGGGUGAAGGCAGGUCUGUAUGUUGCCAUGAAUGCUGAGGGAUAUCUCUACAGCUCAGAUGUUUUCACACCAGAGUGCAAAUUUAAGGAAUCUGUCUUUGAAAACUACUAUGUUAUUUAUUCUUCCACGCUGUACCGGCAGCAAGAAUCCGGACGAGCAUGGUUCCUGGGACUCAAUAAAGAAGGUCAAAUUAUGAAGGGAAACCGAGUGAAAAAAACCAAACCCUCAUCACAUUUUGUACCCAAACCCAUUGAAGUGUGCAUGUACAGAGAGCCAUCGCUGCAUGAAAUUGGAGAAAAACAAGGACGCUCAAGAAAAAGUUCAGGGACACCAACCAUGAAUGGAGGCAAAGUUGUUAACCAAGACUCGACAUAGCUGACAAAUACCCUCCUUUCUUCCAACUCCUCCCCUCCCACCCACUUACCCACCCCACCUGGCGAAACCACACUGAGACGACAACAACUGAGCAAGGCAGGACCUACCGGUAGUGGCUAGGAGUCCGAACUCCAGAAUCUUUCGUUGUGUAGGAUGAGGAAAUCGAAUCCCAGAUCCUGCCUGUUGCAACGUUUUAAAAAACAAAAACAACAACAAAAAAAAGAAGAAAAAAUGUUUUAAAUCAGGACUCCAUUAACAUUUUCAAAAUCAAACUGUUUGCUCUGUGAUCAAAGGGGGAAAAAAAUCUCAUCUCUGCAUAAUAAUAACUAAUAAAUAUAAUAAUAAUAAUAAAGAUGAUGUGACCUUUAAAAAUAAAACAAAGCUUUUGGAAAAUUGAACUUAGCAUAUGAUGUGCAAGGAACACAUGGGAAACACAGCCUGGGACUGUGCUUUCCAUCUUAUAUUUUCACCUCAUGUUCACACCACUGUUUUUUCCAUCCUUACUUUCUGGGGGAUGGAUGGGAUUUUUCAUAAAGCAGGAAAGGUAGGGAUGGAUCAUGACUGUGUUUGCUCUGCUAUCAAUAAAAUAUGGCCUAUCCAAA